UUUCGCCAACCCCUACAUGAGAAUUGUAUACAUGUUAGGGAAGUAUUUCUGAUCUCAAAUAAUGUUUGUAUGUUGUUUAUGUGAUGGUUUUCGCGCGUCUUAUGUGUUGUGCGUAGUUUGUGGUGUGAUUUAUUUAUGAGAGCUGAAAUAUCAGAUUAAUAAAUAAAAUGUGGGAUUCGAAAAGUUACGGCAGUGAACAAGGUGGAUUUUUCAACUCUCCAUCCCAGUUUACAUCUCCAGCAGAAAAACAAGGCAAGACAGCACGACGAGUCCAAAAUAUUGUCCCAGUUACAGUACGUCAGAUCCUGGAAAGUCAUGAUGAUGGUCUCAAAAUUGGAAGUAUGGAUAUACAUAUGUUUAGUCUUGUUGCCUUGGUUCGACGUGUUGAAGUAACUUCAACUAAGGUAACUUAUCUAUUAGAUGACUGCACAGGUGGCAUCACUGGAGUCUUCUGGCUGGAGUCUACAGAUGGGGAAGAGCAGCAGGCAAUUCCAAUUGUGGUUGAAAACACGUACUGUCAUGCGUAUGGCUCUGUGAGAACAAAUCAAGGGAAGAAACACAUUUUUUUGUUCAGAAUCGUGAAUCUUAGCAACUUGAAUGACCUAACAAAACACAUCCUGGAGGUGAUGUACAGCAAUUUAAAAAUUGAGAAAAUAGAAACUUCUGAGAUUACUAUGAAAUCGUGCACAGACAGCAAUACUGGUUUGACAAAUUCAUUUGUGUCAACUUCAGUUUCUGCUCAAGCAGUUGGUUUCAGUCCUCAGCAGAAUUUUGUGUACACCAUAAUAUCAAAAUGUAGCAGAGACAUUGGAACACACAAGGAUGAGGUUAUUAAUGCACUGGCUUCGAAGAUGUCUUCAAAAGAAGUAAUGAAAGUUAUAGAAUUCCUAAGCAAUGAAGGUCACAUCUACACAACCAUUGAUGAUGAUCACUUCCGCUGCACAGAUAACUGACAUGUUUAAAGGUCCAGAAGGAGAGUGUGGAACAUUUCUACAGAAAAUGCAGUUUCUAUACAUCAACUUUAAUUCUACCAGAAUUUUGGCAGCUGUUACCUGUGUGGAAUAUACUUUGGAGAACUGCUCAUGAAUGAUCCAAUGAUAUGUUGAACUGAUAAUGUGGGCAGUAGUAUUAAACAGGCCAUUACAAGCUUAUGAAGAUCAUUGUAAUAAAAUGUACAUGUUGGAUUUUGGGUAAGAUAGGAUCAAGCACCAAAGGGUAUAAAGAUAUUUAUUGUAACAUCAGUAAUCAAAUAACUGCAGACCCUACAGUGGUAUGUGCUUCAUUCUAUCUACUAAUUUUUACAGUAUAGACAUUACCCUGUUGAUGUUAUAUCUUUCGGGUUGUUACAACUUGGGAUACUAACAAACAUACUUCCUUGAGAACCUCAAAUCUCAGACACCACCUUCUUGGCAAUUUGCUUUCUCUGCACCCAUUUACUCAUAUUAUCCCCUUAAGAACCUGUUGCUGAUUCAGAUACUAUACUUCCAUAUCACAGCAGUCUUUUCUACUGGCAAUCGGAGAUCAUAAAGUUACAAAAGGAUUUUCAGCUGUCUGAUGGAGACGUGUAGAACGAAACAUUUUUCUUGAAUGUUGCUUCCUUCAAACCAUACUUUGAGAUAGUGUAGAUUUAUAAUAAAGAUACGGGUUAUGCAAGUCUCACACAGGCAAGGUGAACUUUAUUAUGUUGAGUUUGUAUUAUCAUUUUUUAAAUUAAGGUUGAGGUGGGUUUGAUGCAUGAUACACAGGAAGGAUGAAAUGAAAGUGGAUCAUAAGGCAAUAGAUUGUAAAGAAUUCUUUGUUCAGAAAAGAGUCCAAUUGUGGGUUUUUAGUAGGAAGAACAGCUUAAUAACUACUGACUGUUCAAGCAAGAACAGCAACUUUAUUGUUCUUCAUUUGUCAAUUAUUUUGCUUACAGGAGUUUGAACAAACUUAGUCCAGUGUUGUUCUAUUAUUUAAUAGUUCUCGUUAAAAUAAAAACUACAAACAGCAUAGGAUGUCUGAUAUAUUUAAAAAUAAUGGUGAAUGAGGGUAUUUGCCUCCUUACAUCCCAGGUACCUGCCAUUAUGCAAUCACUUGGAAGUUAUAUCUUCGAAAAAUUUAUGGCUGUCAGCCUCCUUUUGACUUAGGUGGUGGCCGAUACACACCAACCACAACAGCAUGGUCUCGCUCAUAUGGCUCCAAAGUUAUCUGCUCUUGAGGCUUCAGUUUGUCUGCCUGCAGUUUCUUUACUUCUGAUGCAAACACAGCUUCAGGCUGAGCUGUGGAAUCUAUGCAACUGGCCUGAAAAUGAAAUUUCAUUGUACAGUACUGUACACUAAAAGGAUACUUGUUUGUUCUAAACUCACAACAGUGUUCAUCACUAAAGUUCACAUUUAUAUGUCCAGAUAUAAGGGAAAGGUAUUGUCCAUAACAAAUGCAAAUGUAUUAUGAUCAAUAUAACAAUAAAAUUCUGUAUCCAGAAAAAUUACAUUCUGAAAA